AGAGCAGGAGAAAGAAGCAAAAAAACGAAAAAGAAGAACCAAAUCCUUCUCCACCUGGGGCAAAUAUUGGAGCUUAAAAGGAAGAUCAAGCGGACUUCCAUGUCUAAGACUCCACCAGCUCCUCCAAGGUUUUAUUACGCACCAUGGAGGAAUGGAGAUAUGGAUGGAACUAUUGUUUGCUCGUCACAUCCAGGUAUAUGCAAGUGCACUAUGUUCCUCAAUGCCGCCCGUUGCCGUGAAAUGAAGCUAGUCAAGAAAUUUGCUGCGAAGCUUCAAGUUGGUGCUCAAGGAACUUUAGACAAUAUUAGGGAUAAGGAAGGCCGUACAGCGCUGCACUUUGCAGCUCGAGCAGGAAAUACAUUCAUGUGCAAGUAUUUGGUGAACCAUUUGAAGCUUGAUAUUAAUGCCCAAGAUGAAGAAGGUAACACUCCUUUGCAUUAUGCAAUUCAAGAAAAGCGUCUCCAGGCUGCUCUUUAUCUUGUGAACAAUGGCGUUGACGUUGCAAAAGCUAACAAAGAGGGCUUAACUUACUUGCAUUAUGCUACUCAUAAUGCAUUUUCAGGACAGAAGGAACUCAUACAAUUGCUCAUUUCCCGGGGUGCUGAAGUAGAUGCAUGUUCUAAUGAUCAGUGGACACCCUUACUGUUUGCUACGCUUUACCGCAGUAUAGAAGCUGUGGAAGUUCUAUUACAGAACAAUGCAAAUCCCAAUUUGGUUGUGCGUCCAAUUGCUCCGCUGAUAGUGUCAAGCUGGUACUCAUAUGAGAUCACAGAUCUACUAGUCAAGGCUGGAGGUGAUCCCAACAUCAAUGUGGAUGGUUCAACACCACUUCAAGGAGCAGUUGCAUAUGAACAAGUUGAAAUAAUCACGUAUCUGUUGAAGGCAGGGGCAGAUCCAAAUAUUGCGGAUGUCACUGGUUUGACUCCAUUGGAGAAUGCUGUGAACUUAAGACAUCUCAAGGCACUCGCAGUUCUGUUUCCAGUGACCAAGCCCAUUCCUUCUAUCUCGGAUUGGAGUGUUGAUGGACUUGUCAAAUAUGUUGACUCUGAAGAAUCUAAACAAUUGAGAGCUAAUGUUCGGAAGGAAGUUUUCCACAAGUCAAAGCUACACGCUGAAGAUGCAUUCGAGAGAAAGAAUUACGCAAUUGCAGCUGGUUGGUACAAUACAGCAAUAAAGGAAAGUCCAUGUGAUGCAACACUGUUGUCUAGGAGGAGUCUGUGCUAUUCCUUAGCGGGUUGCGGUAAUGCUGCUUUAUCUGAUGCUCAAGCCUGCGUGUGUUUGAGACCUGACUGGCCGAUAGCACACUACCAAGAAGGCGUAGCAUGGAGGUUGCUCAAAAACUAUCCAAAUGCAGAGAGAUCAUUUUCCCGUGCAUUAGCGUUGGAUCCAGGAAACCGGGAAAUGCAAGAGGCAGUGAGGGAGGCCGUAGAAGCUGAAAUGGGAGCAUUGCGCGUAUAACAAUCUUUCGCCGCGCCACUAUAUGUGCAAGGAAGGGUCUUCGACUCUCAGUGAUCUUUCCUCCCUAGUAAAAACUAACCUAGUGCAAUCUUACAAAAAGUAGGGCAUGGGCUCCCGGAGGGUGAAUGCAUGUAUGCAAAUCUUACUCUUAUUUGGAAGUAGAGAGACAAUUUUUAAAAGACUACCGGCUUCCACCCCCACCCCACCAGUAAAUCGGUAUUAUAUUAGUUAUAGGGGGCUUCGCUAAAAUUCUAUAGUAGGCUGAACAACU